CAGACAAGAACGAUAGAAAAUGGCGAGUCAGUGUAAAAGGCAGCAAUGCACAAUCGACAGGCGCGGCUUUCGGCAGGAACUUGACUCUUGGAAACAUAAACUCAUUCACUGUGUAGGGUUUGAGAGCAUUCUCGAAGGUCUAUUUACUCCAGGGCUGAAAGAGGACCUACAAUUAUUUAAAGACCUUGAGCCGACAGCAGUGUCUGACUGGUCAUUCGAUGAAAAUUGUUUAUUCUGCUGUUUGAGACGAGACAAUGUAAAGGAACACUUAAUUGGCUUAACCAACGAGGGGAUUGAAGACACACCGAAACCUCUCCUGGCUAAAGAUCAGAACACAAUCAGCCGACUAGAGAAACAAGCCGAGGAAUUUCUCCAUGCAGUCCUUGGCAGAAAAGAUGUGCCAAAUUUCUCGGACCCAAAUAUUCCUGUAGUGGCUCGAGAGAUCCUUCAGAGAAUGAUGCGACAGUUUGCUGCCGAAUAUACCUCAAAGAACAUCUCCUCUCAGGACAGUGGCUCUGAUUCCCAGCCUUGCUCUGACCAAAGCCUGCCGACCCCCUCCUUGAUCUCAGGGGCUUCUCCUCCUGCCAGCCCCGCUGCCACCGUGGCUGGGCCCGCACACAACCAGAACCCCGUCCUCAUCAAGCUCCUCAUGGCUGACCAGGAGGCUCCUCUGGACCUCACCAUCAAGAGGCCCCCGUCUCUGCCUACUGAACAAGAUGGGGUUCUUGACCUAUCUGUCAAAAAGAACCGCUACAGCAGCGGCAGCCUGUCUGACCGUAGCCCCUGCCUUUCUCCAGCCACUUCCACACUCAAAGGGGAGUCUCAAGACUUUCCUAUUGCAAAGGCAACAGACCUGCAGUCGACCUCCACGCUGGAACGCUUCAUGGCCAAACUCUGUACUCAACAUCAGAGACAGAUAGUAGAUGCUAUAGGUUUUCUACAGACUGAGGUCAAAGCACUGGCGUCUUCCAAUACACAGAACGUUUCUAACUCUCCCUCUGGGAUCCAGGGAAGUGCUUGUUCCACUUCAAAAUCCAAUGAACUCACUCCAAAGAAGUCAUGCCCUGAGCUUAAGUUUCCCAGUGAAUCCACUCCCAAGUCAGAAGUCCAGGAUAUGUCCUAUUCUAUCCCAAGCAUCCAUGCAAUUGGGAAAGUUCCAAACAAUGCUGUGUUGCUGAAAACAUCAACUGGCCCUGCUUUGGAUCUUCGCACCCCUGGGUCAGGGAGCAACCAAGCUUUGGUCACUCCCACUGCAAAUCCAUUGGAUUCAGAAAACAACCGCCAUGGUGAUCAUGCUCCUCUUAAGAUGAAAAUCAUGGCCAGCAAUGUUGCUGCCGGUAAAAAGUUGUCAUGCGUGCUCAACGCCUCUCUUUCAUCUCAAUCUGACACAUUGGAGGACAGACAGGGUAACUCAAAUUCAUCUAACAGAACAGAGAGUGCUAGACUCAGCUCCUCUAUGAAAAGACACACUCAAACAAGUCAUGCACAUCAUGUUAGGCAGAGAGAUAGUCUUGGGCAUGCCAAAGAUAAACAAGCAAACUUGUUUUCACUCCACAUGAGCAUUCCUUCCGACUCUCCGCGGACUGCCAGGAAGACCGUCAGGUCGUCCUCUGAUCAUGGGAUUAGGGACUCAACUUGUAAAGCAUUGACUGACCCUGAUCUUGGCCUCUGUGACAUUGUUUUUAUUGACAAACCAAUAACGGAAUGUUUUAAGGAACAGCGGCGUGGCAUGCUUCCUCGCCGCAAUGCCAGGAAAAGCACCAGAGGACAUUUGUAUUCAGAUGAAAUCUGGGAGUUGAAAACUGUCCGUACAUUGGCGGGGAGGGGCAACUGUCCCAAUCCAAUGCCAGAUAUGAUCACCUUGGUCACCCCAAAACAAAUGCUUUCAAAGCCUGAAGGUGUACCAUAUGUAGAUAUGCCUUUUGCUGGAGCAGGUAGAGAGACAAUGAGUCAGCAAAUGUCCAGAGAAGUGUCCAAUGAGAGUGUGAUACCAGGAACAGGAGAUAUGGUGGAGGUAGCAGCCAGUGAAGAAGACGUAAUAGUAGAACAUAGUCAGACAGAUAGGUGUCAGAGCAAAGAGCAGUUGGUCCCUUCCUCUCUGAUGAGGUCCCCAAAAGAAAACAUAGAAAUGAAUAUGAACACAGAUGUAGAAAUGGACACAAGUGCAGAUUCAGUGGAGACAACAGGAAUUGAAAAACUUGUUUCUCAGGCUCCAUUUGAAGCAGAACCUUUUAACGAGCAUGAGCCUCAAGAGGACAUGCAUGAAAGUCCUGAGCAAAUAGCCACCGAAACAGUAGUGGGGCCAUUAGAGGAUAAUAUCACAAAUGAAGAUGAGCCCCAACUUUCAUUAGAUGGACUGCACAACAGUGAGCCCGUUCUCAAGCAGAUUAGUGCCCCAUCACCAGUGGCUCAAGUUGAGGAAGAAAUAAACGAAAAUAAAGGGGAAGAAAUACAAGAUGAGAAAAGUCAGGAUCUUCAACCGGAGACAGAGAAACACAAUGACAACUUCAACGUGAUAGAAAAGUCCAACAUCACUGAUUUGGCAGCGGAGCCAGUAGACAAGGAGCUAGAAAUGAAUACAUCUGAAGCAACUGACUGUGUAGUGCCUUUAGAGACUGAAGGUGAUAAUGACGAAGACGUGUCCACAAAGUCACUUGACGCGCUCUCGAAGGAAUUGCCCCCUUGGCGUAGAAAAAAGGGUACUGCAGCAUCACCGUCAAAGCUGAUAAGAGAAGCAGACGCUGUGGUCGUGGGUUUUGUCAAUGGUAGACCCAUAUCGGCCUCUGAUAGAAGUCUGCGGCGUAGAUCAAAUAACGCCACAUCUCCUACUAAAACCCCAGUUAAAACUAGUCAGAAUGUCGACAUCAAGACUUUGGUUGAUUCAGCUGUUGAAAACAAACAUUCAGAGGAGCAUCUAGCUGAAACAGACAUAGCUGUGAAAUCUAUUGAUACUACUCCUGAGAUUCAGAAAGAUAAGGAACCGUCUUCUGCCCCACCAUCGAGUCCAACAUCUACAUUUCCCCCCAAGACCAAAUUAACCCGGAAACAAAAAAGAGAUAAGGAUGGUUUGUCUGUACUGUCCGAGCAGCGACAACUUAGAUCGAAAGGAACUCCAGUUUCACCGCCCGAAUCUAAGGCUGCCAUUUCAUCUCCGAAACCUACUGCUACCCAUGCUCUUCCAUCUACAGAGACCCUUCCCUGCCUACCCCUCCCUUCUUCGCUUCCUGUUACUUCUCCUCCUCCAAUCGAGUCAUCUUCCCCUGAACAGUCCAAAAAGAACACAGUCCCAGUCCCAGAGACACUGGCGGAAGAUAACAUUGAUAACACAGUCCCAGUCCCAGAGACACUGGCGGAAGAUAACAUUGAUAACACAGUCCCAGUCCCAGAGACACUGGCGGAAGAUAACAUUGAUAACACAGUCCCAGUCCCAGAGACACUGGCGGAAGAUAACAUUGAUAACUCACAGCAAGAAGAGACAACCCCUGAAGAAAUACAAAACAUCAUAGAAGAAAAUACAUCGCAGGCCAACGAGAAACCACCGUCUACAAAUGCUGUAGUAGAAAGCAGUGAGAAUGAGAAACAGCCACUUGUGGUAUCAAGUCCAUUAAAAAUUGAAAGCCCUGUAACGACUGAAAUGCCAACACAGAUUACGCCAAUAACAAGUAAGCGGGUUCUCCGAAAGGAGGCACAAGCAAGUGAUGUUGCUUUGCCGCAGAAGUCAAAUGUAGAACCUUUAGGAGACAAGUCUGCAAGUGGAGAUGAGAGCAGUUCAGACAAACCGGCAAGAAUGCCAUUACGGAGUGAGAGUAAGAUUGAGAUGCCUCCAACUAUUACUCAUUCAUCACCAGUUGAUAACAAGAAAUUGGCUUUGAGAUCACAGAGAUUAGCUGUACCCUCUACCAGUGCUACUGUAGCUGGAAGACAGACUGACCUAGCUUCCCCUAUUAGAAUAAUCCCAGAAAAAGCAACCAAAGCUCAGAUGAAGCCUCUUUCAGUGGCUGUUGUGCCUGAGUUUCCUCAAAGCUCUGCCCUUCCUAUCAAUACACCAAGAUCUCAGCCCCCAAAACAAACAAACAGAUUCCUUGAAAAUUUGAAUGGUGAAGAAAACCAACACCUAAUAACAAAUCUGAACAUUAAGUAUGAUAAAAUGCAAAAAGGCUGGGUGCAAUUGGACAAAGAGGGUCAGCCGGCAACAAAGUACAAAAACAAAUCAGACAGGCAGGCAGCCAUAUGGAAAAGUAAGCGCAGGGCGCGGAAAUCAAAGUCUUCAGAUCACCAGAAAUACUCGCCUUUCCAAAUGCUCUUCGUGAAAGGUUUUAAUCUCUCCAGUAUCUGUCACUGGUACCUCGAAACAACAGAAACAAAGUCCCUCGUCAUUGUCAAGAAGGUAAAUACACGUCUUCCGUCAGAAACUCAGCUGUGCUUCCACAGUGCUAGUUCUUCAGGGGCCUCUCAGGGAAUAUUUCCAAGCCUACAGGCCGAGCGCUUGAAGAAACAUUUGAAGAAGUUUGCCAUCGCCUCUCCUGUAAAGAGCAACCCCAAGAGUCAGAAACUUAUUGCUAGAGCCCUGGAGGCAAAUGCAGUCAAAGUGAAAGAGAGAGGAGAACUGCCCAGUUCUACUCAGACUGCCAAAGCCUGUGCCCAGGGUGAAUCCCAGAAAGCCUCUGGUAAAUCAAAGAAUCCAGCUAGCGCAAGGAUCCUGAAGAAAUACUCUAAUAUCAGAGAGAAGAUGCAGGUUCAGCAAACCAAUGUUAGACUCAAAGAGGCCUCAAAAACCUUAAAAAACAACAAUAUGAAAAAACUGGACACUAAAAAGUCGGCCGCCAAGUCAAAUGUGAAACCAUCUACGAAGGCACAAAGAUCAGCCCUACCUGUCGGGAAAAAAAUGAAAGCAUCUGCUGCAAAGAUGGAACGAAGGAAAACAUUGGCUGGUAGAAAAACUACAAAGCCUCCUGUUCAACAGAGGGCGGUCAAGGCUCAGGGCAGCAGCAGAGCUUCAAGAGAUGCAACUAAAAAAGUCAAAAUGCCAAAGAGAUCUUCUCAACGACUAGGGUCUCCUAAAGUAUCUGGACAUAACCCGGGCGACAAAUCGAAAAGCAAGGCCGACAAUAAAAAGCAAACUGAAGCAGAGAGAGUCGAUGUUGAAAAAGCACCUCUAAAUAAAGUGAGUCCUAGCAAAACGCUCGCAAAGGAAACGUCACAAAGUACUGUCGCUGUAAUCAAAGGAGCCGAGAAGGCUGAUGAAACGCCACGGCCAAGUGUGGACGGCAAGGCUCCGACCUCACCUGACCAGGUACUAACAAGGUCCCAGAGGAAAAUGGAGGUAGCAGUCCCCUUGAGUGGGGGCCCUAGUCAAGCUGCAAAGAAGGCCGCAAAGUCCAUGAAAACACAAAAUGCAUCUUCUAAAGCAGUCAAGAAAUCAGAGAGACCCAUGCUGAUGAGAAGAGGGGCGAAAGGAAGGCAGACGGCUGUGUUGCCACGCAGUGUGACAAAAUCCGCAACCAAGAGAGCUCGGGAGCCUUUAAAGACGCCCGCAAAACGCACCAGGACAUCGCUCUCUAAAUGAAAGUGCACCUGCAGAGAAGGACAAUCUUUAGUAAGGGGAUUCUGAAAUAUAUAUAUAUAUGUUCUACUCUCAUGACACCCCUUCACAGGACACCUUGUUCAGUUGGCAAAUAUGUGAAGAAGGAAGACAUUUUGAAAGUAAUUUAGGCUUUUGUAAAGUGUGAAAAAACAAAUGUGAUAUUUGCUGAGUGUUUGCUCUGAGUUUAAGGCUACACACAAGUCCUACAUGAGGUGUCAUAGAUGAAGUUUCUGUUCCAGCUACCCAAGACAAGGCUACAGAUAACAUUAUAACACCUUAUUUUAAAAGUUGGGAUAAACAUCAAACAUCUGAUGCCGAUAUCGAAGUGACAUUUACGUUCACUCAGCGCCCUGUUUCGUUACUUUUCUUUUGCCAUUUUGUAAAUAGUUAUUGUUUUAGAUGAUAGCAUACACUGCAUUGAGUGCUUGCUAUGAGAAGGGAGGUCAUGUUUUGUAUAAGAUUUUACUGACGGUAAGUAGGCAGUUAGUUUCUCCAGCUUGUCUUCUAAACACAACAUUGUGAAUAUGUGACUGUUGUGACCCGGUGCCUUAUUUAUAAAGUGUAAACAAAUCGAAUCUGUUGCUAAAUGUGAAAACUCCUGUCCUUUUAGCUAUACAAACGUUCAAUUCAUGGAGAGGCUGUCUGCAUUAACUAGCUUCAGAGUGUGUAAAGAGGUUAGGUUUCACAGUUUAUGCCGCGUGUGUCAUCUCUACAUUCUUAUGUUGGGCAUUAAGGUUUAUUUUUAUAUGACUAUUUUUGUCCCAGAGCAUUAACUUAAUAUCGUUCUUACUUUAGGUGUUAGAUGUUAAAGCAAAUAAGAGUCUCAAUUGUUAAACAGACAGACGUGCUCUGUAUGUGUCAUGAAAAACAUUUGUUAUGUUUGCGGUGGUUUUUCAUCCCUAUCGACCAUUGCACCCUUUGUUAUCUACUCAACAUCCCAUUAAGUAUUUGACCUGCUUCUGCAUGUGUUAGGUCUUGGUAAUGUGCAGACAGCAACUCUUGCAUUAUAGCUAUUGACUUCCUAGAGCUCAAACCCAUACCUAUCUUUAUACCCUUGAACUUCGAAAAAUACUAACCUCAUUCAAGACUUUGUAUGCACAAUUAAAAGUCAAAAUGCUGUACUGAAAAAUCUGAGAUGACUUUGGGAUACUGGCCUAUGUACUUUGGCAACGAUGUUUCCUAACAAAGGCCUACAAAUGUAUAUUUGGUUGGUAAAUAUGAAUGACGUUAUGGCCUAUUUAGCAUUAAUGGCACACUAUAGGGUGAUUCAUUCCUUCCCUGAUUUUACAAGUUUGGAUAUGACAUAUUUGGCUAGUCUUAGUCACACUUCUGAGCUGUUUAUCCAAUGUAUGUAUGUUGCAGUUUUAUGUUUUAUUAUUGUCAGGCAGAUGUUCUCAUCAUGUGAAGUUUCUUAACUUCUACAGUAGUACAUUUCAUUAGUGUAUUGUCAUUUUUAGCACAGUGUUAUUUUUUAUGUUCAUUUCUCUUAGAAGGUAAAUUGUCUGUAAAUGCAAACACAUGUUUUUAUUGUUAUUUAACUCCUUGUCAGCUAAUCUAUAACAGCCCACCAAAUAUCGGACUUGAACAUGUUUAUUCUUUACAGUUGCUAUUUAAAGAUUUUGAUUUUGUAUAUUAGAAAGAAAUGACUGCUUUAUUUGUGGUAAUCCCAAGAAAGAUACAUCUUUAUGUUAAGAAUUUUGUAUUUUUGCUGGAGUUGAUAUAAAGAUGUUGGAAUUUUA